ACAUGUAAGAAGUGUAAGAAGUGGUGAUGAGAAUAUAAAUAACGCUAGUUCUCGUAGUGCUCUUAAAAAAUAUAACUCCUCAGAGCGAAGGAGUACUUUGUUGGCUUUAUGAGCUCUGUUAAAACUCGCAAGUGUGUAGAUAGAAGAUAGAAGAAGAUAUUUUAUUUUUAUUUUUGCCACUCCAGAUUUAGUUUUGGAACUCACCCGCGAUGCAAAUUUACAUCGUUAGAUCUAAUCUUCACAUUUUUUGAUGAGCUUUGGAAAUAUGCUAAAUGUAGCAGCAGGUGAUCCACCGAAACCAGAAAAGUUUUGAAAAGGGCCUACGAGAAAAAAAGUUAGGGAACCUCUGCUUUAAACAAAUUUUCUUCGAGAUUAUUGUUUUCUCGGGUGUUACAUAACUCGCUUAGUGCUAGCUAAGUAAGGAUAUAUGUAUGUAGCUCUAAUCUAAUUAUACUUAGGGGUCGGUAACGGUAUAUAAGAAGCCGAGACUCUACUUAGUUUAAGUUUUCGCAUUAAGCACUUCCCAUACAACAAUAAGUGAAAAUGGCCAACCAGUUCGUUUGCAGUCUAUUGCUGUUGAUCGCAGCCACAAGUACCUAUGCUCAGAUAACCCCUACAAUCGGAAUUGUAGGUGGUGUAGCAGCUGCCAGUGGCACCCGGUCAUACGUCGUAUCAGUGAAGGACUCAGGUGGAUCCAUCCUCUGUGGUGCUGUUUUAUACAAUGAUGUUACCGUUAUUACCACUGCCUCGUGUUUGGUUUUCCUCCCUCUUGGAAAUUUUCUUGUCGGUGUAAACAAUGGCACUAAGAGCAUACAAAUUGUGGCAAAUAUUUCCAAUCCUGACUUUGACUCCGACACAAAUGAGCAUGAUGUGGCACUCUUGAAGUUAGCAGAAUCCGUAAGUGCUGAGUACGUUGAAUUGCCCAGCAAUAAACCGGUUACCGGUUCUACCGGCGUUCUCACUGGCUGGGAUGCCAAUAAUAUUUUAGUAGAUGUAUCCGAAACUAUCAUAGCCGCUGACGAUUGCGUUUCUGGCAAUUAUGGCUACGACGUUGAUGAAGUUUUUGCCUCAAAUGUAUGUGGCCUUGCUAAAAACAAAGCUUGCAACGCUAUCGGAGGAGUGCCAUUGGUUUCCAACAAUCAGUUGGUUGGUUUGCUUUCCUGGGGUAAUGCUUGUGCCAACGACGACAAUCCAGCGGUCUUCAGCAACAUUUUCGCCGAGAAAUCAUGGAUUGAAAGCAAUGUAAACAAUUUGUGAAAUUUCAGUAAAUAACAAUAAAUAAUG